CAGUGAAGUGCUCGUGCAGCGCUCGUGAAGCGCUCUUGCUCGAGUCUCCGCCUCUGCCAGCACCACCGCGGAUGACGUUGAACAACAAAGAUGGCAGGAGGAAACAGCAACUAUUGGGAAGACCUGCGGAAGCAGGCGAGGCAGCUGGAGAACGAGCUGGACCUGAAGCUGGUGUCCUUCAGUAAGCUGUGCACCAGUUACAGCAGCUCUCGGGACGGCCGUAGAGGAGACAGUAGUUCGGAUACAACACCUCUGCUCUCCAACUCCACUCAGGACAGAAUGUUUGAGACCAUGUCAGUGGAGAUUGAGCAGCUGCUUGCGAAACUUACAGGGGUGAAUGACAAGAUGGCUGAGUAUACAAGCACACCGGGAGUAACGUCUCUGAAUGCUGCUCUAAUGCACACUCUCCAGAGGCACAGAGACAUCCUACAGGACUACACACAUGAAUUUCAUAAAACCAAAUCAAACUUCAUGGCAAUCAGGGAGAGAGAGGAUCUUUUGGGAUCUGUGAGAAAAGACAUUGAGACAUAUAAGAGUGGCUCGGGGGUGAAUAACAGGCGGACAGAGCUCUUCCUGAAAGAACACGAGCACCUGAGAAACUCAGAUCGGCUUAUUGAUGACACAAUAAGCAUUGCAAUGGCAACCAAGGAGAACAUGACCUCCCAGCGAGGUUUGUUGAAGUCUAUACAAAGCAGGGUCAACACCCUGGCCAACCGUUUCCCUGCCAUCAAUAACCUAAUUCAGCGGAUCAACUUGAGGAAGAGACGGGACUCAUUAAUUCUAGGAGGAGUCAUCGGCAUCUGCACCAUCCUUCUGCUGCUGUAUGCAUUUCACUGACGGGCAGGGGAGCUAACAGACUUCUUUUGGGGGGUGUUCUGCAGAGCAGUGGCGAAGCCUUGAGAAAGGCUAAAUGAGAGGCGGACCAUUGGGGCCACAAACCAGAAGCCCACUUGGCCUAGUCUGGUAACAGGAUUGAUUGUGGCCAGCAUGGACCUUAUUUGUAUUUAGCAUCGGAAGGGGUUUAGCUCUAACAGCCUUUUUUUGUUUCUGUACUACAAACAAUGCGCUGUUCAGAUGUGAACUGGGACCGGAGACCAAAUUACUAACAGGAAUAAAUUUCAAUGAGCAUAUUAUAACACAGUGGCUUUGAGACAAGAGCGAUGCUGUGAAGCAUCAACUUUGCGUUGUGCUGUUCCUGUAUAUUAUUAAUCGGAAGAGGGUUUUAAUUUGAUGAUCCUUUUAGUAAGAGGGUUUCUCAUCAUGCUGUGUACUUUGUGAAUUAAUAAAUUAUUCAUAUACAGGAUAUUAAAAAUGUGUGUCAAACACUAGAGGUCCGUCCUCUAAAGCUUCUAUUUUUUAGAUAUUUCUAAACUCUCUCAUCAAUGACAUUUUACACUGGAGAAGGCAGUCCAAAAAUAAAACACUUGCAUUGCAGCGCUUGACAUGUCUCUUUCAAGGUGCUGUUGCUUUAUGCUUUUACUGAUGUGUCUUUAAGUUGAGAGCAGGUUCAAGUUAAGAAUAUCUGGCUAAACCAACAAGCCUGCGCUCGCAGCCCACUUGUCUGCUGACUUGCAUCCUAUG